AUGGAAGAUAUUGCGCAUCUGUUAAUGGAAAAAAUUCCUAAAUAUUAUCCAAUGUUUAGAGUAUGGUUAGGACCAAUACCACUUAUAGUAGUUAUUGAACCAGAAAUCAUACAAAAGGUUUUGGUUCAAAGCUUAGAAAAAUCGUGGUUUGUGAAGAAAUUUGCCUCAGAUAUGGCUGGAGAUUCUAUUUUAACAUCAAAGGGUUCCACAAUGGGCGUAGAUAUUGAUAUUCAUAAUGAUGGAAUAUCAUAUUUUCACGCAAUUCAAAGUGGAUUUCAUUUGGCAUUCGACAGAGGUUUUCGCCCUUGGAAACAUCCCGAUAUUAUUUAUAAUUUAACAGAAGAUUCUAAGAAAAUGAGGGAAAAUAGGAAAAUUAUUAAUGGAUUGACUAGUAAAAUAAUUUCCGAAAAAAGAAAUAAACAAAAGAAUUUUAGAAUUAAUGAUAGUUUGAACGAAAAUAAUAAUACUGUAAAAAAUACUUUUCAAAAGCCAUUAUUAGAUUAUUUGAUAGAUAUUACAGAAAAUAGUACUAAGUUUACUGAUGAACAUCUUCGAGAUGAAAUUAAUUUAAUAAUAAUUGCUGGCUAUGAAACAACAGCAAAUGCUUUAAGCUUUGUUCUAUUAAAUUUAGCCGCGCAUAAAGAUAUUCAACAAAAAGUCUAUGAUGAAUUGCAAAUAAUUCUUGGUAAAGAUUCGAGUCGCAUGAUUGAAUUGUAUGAUUUACCCAAAUUAACAUACAUGGAAAUGGUUAUAAAAGAGACAUUGCGAUUAUAUACAACUGUACCAUUAAUAUUAAGGCAACCAACUACCGACAUUAAAAUAGGUGAUUAUAUAAUUCCAAAAGGUUGUACUUGUGUUAUUCCGAUAAUUUGUUUACAUCGUGAUGAAAAGAUAUGGGAGAAUCCAUUAAAAUUUGAUCCAGAGCGAUUUACACCGCAAAAUAUAAAAACACGACAUCCGUAUGCUUAUAUACCAUUUAGUAAUGGUCCUAGGAAUUGUAUUGGUGAUAAAUAUGCCAUGUUGUUUAUGAAGACAUUGUUAUCUAUAUUGUUAACUCGAUUUGAAUUCCAUACACAUCUAAAAAUGAAUGAAUUAAAAUUUCAAUUUGAGCUAUCAUUAAAAUUAGUUGGUGGACAUCAAGUUCGAAUUACACCUAGAAAUGUAAAACAUGAAAUUUAA